AUGGCGAUCUUUGCUCUCAACGGCUCGAGCGAUCCAGGCACAAACGCAGCUUUGUCCUCUCGUGGCUCGGCAAGUCUCGAAGAAGAGAUGGCUGGCAUCUUGAGCCAAUCAUCUGCUCCGCCGCAGCAAUGGUGGCAGCCUUUGGACCCCUCAAACCCACCGAGCGUCGCCAGUCAAUUUCCCACCAGUCAAGACGCCGUAUCGACGUUUCGCGACUGGUCAACCACAGCCCCUGCGUCCAACUUCGUACCGGCCGAGAUCGAACUUUCUACCACCCAUUCUGGCGCACUCUAUCCCACGGUCGUGAAAUCCGAAUCGACACAAUUAGAAAACAGCCCACCAGCCUCUAUGCGCAAGUGUUACGACCCAACCUGUCGCGAGCGACCGUCGCAGCAGCCUUUCGAGUAUACGACAUGGUUCGCCAACUUUGUCGCUGGAUUCGCAGUCUACCAGAUUGUCCAGAGAGAUACAAGAGGCUACCGAAGAUUUCCAACAGAUCUUUUCAAGCCCUCCGGACGACUAUUCACAGGGCACACAAAGAAGAGCGGCGUGCGGCGGUUCAAACGCUGUUUGGACUUCUCGGAGAGUCCAUCAAUCACCUCGCGACUACGAUCGUGUGGAUAG